AUGGACGCCUCGGAGUACGAGUUUGAGUGGGCUGUGUAUAGGGGAGACGUGCAGACCGUGAGGAGGGGUCUCCAGGCUGGGUGGGACUUCAAUCACAGGUUUAAAGGGUUUCCGGGUAACGGGACCGCACUCCAUGAGGCCAGCUGGAACGGGAACACUGAGAUAGUGAAGCUUCUACUACAACAUGACGCUGAUGUGAAUGCGACGGACUUGCAUGGCGGGACCGCACUCCAUUCGGCCAGCAGGGACGCACUCCACUUCAGCAGGGUCAGCGUGAACGGGAAAACUGAGACAGUGAAGCUGCUAUUACAACAUGAUGCUGAUGUGGAGGCGAGGGACAACGAUGGCGGGACCGCACUCCAUGUGGCCAGCCUGGCCGGGUACACUAAGAUAGUGGAGCUGCUAUUACAACAUGACGCUGGUGUGGAGGCGAGGGACAACGAUGGCAGGACCUCACUCCAUGUGGCCAGCAGGUACGGGAAGGCGAAGACAGUGAAGCUGCUAUUACAACAUAACGCUGAUGUGGAGGCGAGGGACAACGAUGGCUGGACAGCGCUCCAUUUGGCCUGCAAGUACCAGGAGACUGAGGUUGUGAAGCUGUUGAUUCAACAUGGCGCUGAUAUUGAGGUGAAGAACAAAGAUGGGGAAAAGCCAUUGGACUACAUAUAUGACAAGGACGUCCGACGCUUCCUCAGUAAUCUGGCUGCAGAAGUUUCCUAUCACAAACUGAUGAAACAGUCUGGUGGUGUGAAAGUUGACAGGUUUAAACUGUGCAUCUGUGGACCACAGGAAGCUGGCAAAUCCACGCUGAAGGAAAGUCUUCAAACGGGACACGUCACCGCCUUCUUCCGGGAUCGAAUGACUCCAGACCAUCGGCCACACGAGCGCACCCCUGGUGUGAAUGUGGGAACAACCAACAUUCCCGGUGUGGGGGAGGUCAGUGUGUGGGACUUCGCUGGACAGUCGGAGUACGCGGUCACCCACAGCAUGUUCAUGGAUGCAGAGAACACCGUCUUCAUUGUGAUGUACAACAUCAUGGCCGAAAUUGAAACACAGAAAAGAGAGGUCCACUGGUGGCUGUGUUUCAUCAAGUCCUGCAACACAAAGAGUACGCCUAGCGUCAUCCUUGUGGCCAGCCACGCGGACCAGACUGACACAGGUAAACGUGUGCAACGUCUACCAGAACAGGCUUGA